CUGCAACCACUAACACACAGCAAUCGCCUCACCACAGACUUGUACAGCAAGGAGGAAAAUGUAACGGUAACGCCGACGGGUGGGGUCAUCCACAGCCCACGCUACCCCAACGCUUAUCCUCGCAACCUGCUGUUGUCAUGGAAACUGCAGUCACCACCAGGCAGCCGCAUACACCUGGAGUUUGAUGGACACUUCGGCCUGGAGGAGCCAGAGAAUGGAGUGUGCAGGUACGACUUUGUUGAAGUUGAGGAACAAUCAGAGACGAGCACCAUCACUUGGGGACGCUGGUGUGGGCAGAAGCCACCACCCAGACGCAACUCAAAAAGCAACAAGCUCAGAAUCACCUUCAAGUCUGAUGAUUACUUUGUGGCAAAGCCAGGAUUCAAAGUCUACUACUCACUGCAGGUCGACUCUACUCCGCCUGCAUCCAAAAACAACUGGGAGGCUGUCACGAUGCUCAUGUCGGAUGUUGGGGUAAAGGAGAUGUCAACGACAAUGGCAGAUGUUCCUUUGUCACUGGAUGAUUUAGACAGAACCAUAGCCGCCUGUGACACUGUGGAGGAGCUUCUCAAGUCUUUGAAUCCAGAAACCUGGAAGCAAGACCUGGACAACAUCUACAUUCAAACAUACAUACAUUACAGAUCCAGGGCCUAUCACCUGGCAACCAGACACAAUAAAGUCGACCUCAAUCGUCUCAAUGAUGAUGUUAAGCGAUACAGCUGCACUCCUCGCAACUACUCGGUGAACCUGCGUGAGGAGCUGAAGACGACCAGCGCCGUUUUCUUCCCCCGAUGUUUAUUGGUGAAGCGCUGCGGAGGCAACUGUGGCUGCGGAACCAGCGACUGGAAUAACGGCUGCACCUGUCGGCCUUUGAAAACAACAACCAAACUGCACGAGGUGCUGAAGUAUGCCCCAGAGUCCAGUAUUCACAGGCGCCUUCAGAGGACACGGGUGCGCUGGGUCAUUGACGAAAUCUUCCUGGCGCAUCACGACUCGUGCGAGUGUGCGUGUCCGUCCCAGCCCCCUCGCUGA